AUGCGUCACAUCAACCUCAACCUCAACCUCAACCUUCACACCCACCUCUUCAUCACAAUCCUCCACCUCCCCUUCUCAGCACCACACAUCCUCCUGACCACGCCCACGUCCAUUCCCACACGCACCGUCACCAUCCGGCAAGCAACCGUCCCAGAACCCACCCCGCCACCCGCCCAACAACUCGCCCAAAACUCCUCCUGCGCCCUCCUCUCGCAAGUAUUGAGCAUCUGCGUUGGCCUCACGCCCGGCUUCGUCACGCUCACGCCGGCGGCACAGGCACACUGUCUCUGCUACUCGUCCACAGUCUGGGUGCCCAAGGUGCUGGACGACGCGGUCAAGACGUGCGCAGACUUUGCGAGCACGGCUGCGCCCGCGGCAUUCGGGCCGCUGGUGAACCUGGAGGGCUUCUGUGAGAGCGUGGGGGACGUGGGGAGGGGCAUACCGGCGUCGGGGGCUGUUGCUACUACGACUGCGAGUGUGGGUGGGGAUGGGAAUGGAAAUCCGAGUUAUAGGAAUGGAGGGGGUGGGGGAAGUACGGCGAGUGCAUAUGUGCCACCCGCUGCAGCUAUGCCGAGUUAUGAGGGUGGGAAUGCAAAUGGGGGAGGACAGAUUGGUGAGGGGAGUGCAGCAGGUACUUCUAGCUCGGGUUCGGGUUCUGGUAUUGGAGGAUCCGGUGCUGGUAACAGCAACGGCGGGGGCUCACGGUCGUUUACCCUCAGUGACAGAUCCGGAUCAAGUACCAGCCAAGGUAUGUCCAGCAUGACGAGAUCAAGUACCAGCCAAGGUGUGUCCAGCAUGACGAGUCAGAGCACGAGUACAGGCACCAGAAUCCCGACCAUCACAGGCAUCAGCAUGACGGUCAAUGAUGCUGGCACCACGAGGACGGGAGAUGGAGCGGUGCGGAAUAGAGGGGAGGUGACGGAGGGGACGGUAGUAUUGGUUAGUAUGGCCAUUGCGAUGCUGCUCAUUUUUUUAUGA